CCCCCGCCGCCGCCGCCGCCGCCGGCAGCUGUGCGGCAACCCGGGCAGGAAUUGCUUGCACGGGGAUUUCCUGAAUUUGUAAAAAUUGUAGAAGUUGGUCCAAGAGACGGAUUGCAGAAUGAAAAGACUAUCGUUCCUACUGAAGUAAAAAUUGAAUUAAUUGAUCGACUUUCCAAAACAGGGCUGCCUGUCAUAGAAGUGACAAGUUUUGUUUCCUCGAAAUGGGUACCUCAGAUGGCAGAUCACACAGAAGUAAUGAGAGGAAUAGAGCAGUAUCCUGGAGUCCGCUACCCGGUACUUACUCCUAAUCUUCAUGGUUUCUAUUCUGCUAUCGCUGCUGGAGCAACGGAAGUGUCAGUCUUUGGUGCAGCAUCUGAGUCUUUCAGCAAAAUAAAUAUUAAUUGCUCAAUAGAAGAAAGCAUGGAACGAUUUGAGGAUGUUGUUAAGUCCGCAAGAAGCAUGGGCAUUCCAGUACGAGGGUAUGUGUCUUGUGCAUUGGGAUGCCCUUAUGAAGGAAAUAUUUCACCAGCUAAAGUUGCAGAAGUCUCAAAAAGGCUAUACAGUAUGGGAUGCUAUGAAGUCUCUCUGGGAGACACCAUCGGUGUAGGGACACCAGGAAGUAUGAGAAGAAUGCUGGAAUCGGUUAUGAUGGAAAUCCCAGUUUCUGCUGUUGCAGUGCAUUGUCAUGACACUUACGGCCAAGCUUUAGCCAAUAUCCUUACAGCGAUGCAGAUGGGAGUCCAUGUGGUGGAUUCUGCAGUUGCUGGUUUAGGAGGCUGCCCCUAUGCAAAAGGUGCCACAGGAAAUGUAGCCACAGAAGACGUGAUAUACAUGCUGGAUGGUUUAGGAAUCAAUACGGGUGUGAAUCUUUAUAAGGUUAUGGAAACUGGUAAUUUCAUUUGCACAUCGUUGAACAAGAAAACAAAUUCUAAAGUUGCACAAGCUUCCUUCAGUGGUUGAGUUGCCCAAAAAGGAGAGUCACGUUUCUAAAUAUCCUAUAUCUGUCUAUCAGUGUGCUCUACAUAUUUACAGCUGCAUUGGGCAAAUAUGUUGCAAUAACUAUUUCAGCAGAGAAGGGAAAUGGCGGCGUAGUUAAUAUCUGAUAUGACAGUGGCAUCAGUGUAUCAUAAAAUCAAACUGGAAACCUUCAGAUAUGGUUGUCUAAUAAAACCUUCUCUCUUUGCGUGGGUCCAGUGGAGAUUGUCUACCUACAAUCUGCCAGCAGGCUUUGUUAAUGGGGCCUCAUCCAACUUCUGGUUUCGUUGUUCCUCGGUGGAGCAUAGCUGUGUCCAUGUGGGGAGAGAAAAGUGUGUGUAUUUGCUUUCAUGCAUGAGACAGAAAAUGUAUGUUUAAGAUCGAGGCAGUACACAUACUCAUCUAUUUGUUCAGCAUUGUGCAUUUUUAGUAAAAUUCCAUUUCAUUAACCAGUAGAAAUACAGAAAUUCAUAAAGGGGAAUAGCUGCAAGUUCCCCAGAGUCCAUCCCUUUCACACUAACUAGCCUUUAAAAUCUCAGUAACUCACUCUGAGAAAAAGCGAGAAAAAAAUAAAGAGAAAAAAAUAAAAAUUUUCCUUACUUACAGUUGAGAACAGAUCAACAUCAAAGAAGGGCACCAACUGAAGAAAGAGAGGGGGAAAAACACUCAGCAGAGAGGUGGGGGGGUCUCUUUGAAAGACUGGAAG